UGUUGUUCCCAUUACUGUAAGUUAUCAAAACGUUCACGCAGUGACGUGGCCGAUGACGGCUCUGUGAAAUAUCAACCAUUAAUUAUUAAACGUGAAAUAAAAUGUUAAUUCACAAAAUAGCUGUGCGCGGAUAAUUAGUUCUUCAACAAAAAGUCACAAAUACUCUUUUAAAUAAUAAUACAGUAAAUUUAAAAAUACUUGCACACUAUCGAGCAAGAUGACCACCUACGAAGACUUUAUUCAGCAGAAUGAAGACCGGGAUGGAGUACGGUUUACCUGGAACGUCUUUCCUUCCUCGAAGGUCGAGGCCACCAGGAUGGUCGUACCCCUCGGGACUCUCUAUCAGCUGAUCAAGGAGCGCCCCGACUUGCCUCCAAUUAUGUACGAUCCUGUUUUGUGUACCAGGUCCACGUGCAGGGCUAUUCUUAAUCCCCUCUGUCAAGUGGACUACCGUGCCAAGCUUUGGGGGUGCAACUUUUGCUUCCAAAGGAAUCCAUUUCCUCCACAAUAUGCUGCUAUUUCGGAGCAACAUCAACCAGCAGAACUCAUUCCAAUGUUUUCUACAAUAGAAUAUACGAUAACGAGAGCACAAUGCUUACCUCCAAUAUUCCUCCUGGUGGUGGACACAUGCAUGGACGAAGAAGAACUCGGAGCAUUAAAAGACUCCCUCCAAAUGUCCUUAUCAUUACUCCCCCCGAGUGCGCUGAUCGGCUUAAUCACAUUCGGAAAAAUGGUCCAAGUCCACGAACUAGGCUGCGAAGGCUGCAGCAAGAGCUACGUAUUUCGCGGAACUAAGGACCUGCAGCCCAAGCAGGUCCAAGACAUGCUAGGCAUCGGAAGACAAGCUCCCGGGCAAGGUCAGCAGCGAGCCCCGACAGGGCAGCCACUUCCCCCAGCGAACAGAUUCUUACAACCGGUUCACAAGUGUGACAUGAGUUUGACCGACCUCCUGGGAGAGCUUCAACGCGACCCUUGGCCCGUGGGAGUCGGUAAGAGACCCCUGCGUUCAACCGGAGUCGCUCUGGCCGUCGCAACUGGUCUUUUAGAGGCAAGUUACGCAAACACCGGAGCCAGGAUAAUGAUGUUCGUCGGUGGACCUUGUUCUCAAGGUCCCGGACAAGUUGUGACUGACGAGCUCCGGCUGCCGAUUCGGUCCCAUCAUGACAUCCACAAGGACAACGCGAAGCAUAUGAAGAAGGCUACCAAGCAUUAUGACGCUCUAGCAGCUCGUGCUGCAGCUAAUGGUCAUAUUAUUGACAUCUACGCCUGCGCUUUGGACCAAACUGGACUUUUAGAGAUGCGACAGUGCUGCAACUCCACCGGGGGACACAUGAUCAUGGGUGAUUCCUUCAAUUCUUCGCUUUUCAAGCAAACUUUCCAGCGAGUUUUUGCAAAAGACGCGAAAAAAGACCUCAAGAUGGCGUUUAAUGCCACUCUGGAGGUCAAGACCUCCCGAGAGCUCAAAGUUUCAGGAGUAAUUGGACCCUGCGUGUCCUUAAACAUGAAAGGCCCUUGCGUUGGCGAGCAGGAAGUCGGACUAGGUGGUACUUGUCAGUGGAAGUUCUGCGCCUUGAUGCCCUCGACCACCGCCGCAGUAUUCUUCGAGGUUGUUAAUCAAAAUUCAGCCCCCAUUCCGCAAGGAGGUCGCGGGUGCAUCCAGUUCAUCACGCAGUAUCAGCACAGCAGCGGUCAGCGGAGAAUUAGAGUCACUACUGUUGCGCGUAAUUGGGCUGAUGCCUCCACGUCGCUCCAUCAUAUUAGUGCUGGCUUUGACCAAGAAGCUGCUGCUGUUCUCAUGUCUAGAUUGGCGGUGAAUCGCGCAGAGAGUGAUGAUGGUCAUGAUGUUCUGCGCUGGGUUGAUAGGAUGCUCAUCAGACUGUGCCAGAAGUUCGGGCAGUAUGAUAAGGAUGAUCCGAAUAGUUUUAGAUUGGCGGAGAAUUUUUCGCUGUACCCGCAGUUUAUGUAUCACUUGCGUAGGUCCCAGUUCCUGCAGGUGUUUAAUAAUUCUCCUGAUGAGACAAGCUUUUACAGACACAUGCUCAUGCGUGAGGAUCUUACUAAUUCUUUGAUCAUGGUGCAGCCGAUUUUGUACAGCUACGGGUUCAAUGGGCCCCCCGAACCUGUCUUGCUUGACACUUCUUCGAUCCAACCGGAUAGGAUUUUACUUAUGGACACUUUCUUCCAGAUUCUUAUUUUCCACGGAGAGACAAUAGCACAAUGGAGGCAAUUAAAGUAUCAAGACCAACCAGAAUACGAAAACUUCCGUCAAUUACUAGCAGCGCCUGUGGACGACGCUGCUGAAAUUCUUGCUGGAAGAUUCCCAGCUCCGCGUUACAUUGACACGGAACAAGGUGGUUCCCAGGCUAGGUUCUUGCUCAGCAAGGUCAACCCUAGUCAGACACAUAACAAUAUGUACGCCUAUGGAGCGGAAAGCGGAGCACCUGUGCUAACUGAUGACGUCAGUCUCCAAGUAUUCAUGGAACAUCUUAAAAAAUUGGCCGUUUCGUCACAAGCUUAAGAGAGCCAUAGGAUCCAAUUUUAAAAAUAAAUAUUUCUUUUAUAUAUAAAUCAAUAAUAUUCAAAACUAAUUAAUUAGUUAAUUAAGUUAUAAUUAUAAAUAAAUUGCAAUUAUAUCUGAUUCCAAGCAAUGAAAAUCAAUUCAAUGCGA